UUCCUAUUUUUUCUUAGAAAAAAAAUUCUCUCUCCUGUCCGUUCCUUGCCGGCGGCCGGCGCCGUAUUCCCGCAUCCUCCGUGUCCAACAUCUUCACUCGCCCCGUCUCGUGGCAUGCCGUUUCCGCACGGGCGCCAUGCCCCCAUCUCCCUGACCGCGCCCCGCGCUCCCGCCAUGAUCGGGCGUCCACCGCCCACGCGCGCAUCUUUCCCCGCCGUACGCAUACUGCAUAUGGCCCCCGCUCCCGCUGCCACCGCGCAUCCCCCUCCUCCCUCACCGUGUCCGCAACCCCCCACCCCAGCCACUACCAGCAGCGAUACGGCCCACCGCGCGCACGAGGGCGCAGACGCGGCGGAGGAGCGGGAUCCCGGUGGGGAGGGCGACGACCCGCGGGGUAGUGGUGCAUCACUCCGGAGAACGGGGCGACUCGCACCGCGGGCGCGAUGGCCAGGAAGGGCUCAGAUGAAGCGGAGUUCUUCACGGAGUACGGCGAGGCGAACCGGUACGAGGUCGGCGAAGUGGUCGGCAAGGGCAGCUACGGCGUCGUGGCGGCCGCCGUCGACACCCACACCGGCGAGCGCGUCGCCAUAAAAAAGAUCAACGACGUCUUUGAGCAUGUCUCUGACGCCACCCGCAUUCUCCGCGAGAUCAAGCUGCUUCGCCUUCUGCGCCACCCGGACAUCGUAGAGAUCAAGCACAUCAUUCUCCCUCCGUCGCGCCGCGAGUUCCGCGACAUCUACAUCAUCUUCGAACUCAUGGAAUCCGACCUCCACCAGGUCAUCAAGGCCAACGACGACCUCACUCCGGAGCACCACCAGUUCUUCUUCUACCAGCUGCUCCGUGGGAUGAAGUACAUACACGCUGCCAAUGUCUUCCACCGGGACCUCAAGCCCAGGAACAUUCUCGCCAAUGCUGAUUGCAAGCUCAAGAUUUGCGAUUUCGGCCUUGCCCGAGUUUCCUUCAACGACACCCCAUCUGCGAUAUUCUGGACGGAUUAUGUGGCAACAAGAUGGUAUCGUGCUCCAGAAUUAUGUGGCUCCUUCUUUUCAAAGUACACUCCUGCAAUUGAUAUCUGGAGCAUUGGAUGUAUAUUUGCCGAAAUGCUUUCAGGGAGGCCGCUCUUUCCUGGCAAGAAUGUGGUACAUCAAUUAGAUCUCAUGACUGAUUUACUUGGCACUCCUUCGGCAGAAUCCCUUUCAAGGAUUCGAAAUGAAAAAGCUCGACGAUAUUUGGGAAACAUGAGAAAAAAGCAUCCAGUGCCUUUUUCUCAGAAGUUUCCUGGUGUUGACCCCAUGGCUCUUGAUUUGCUUGAGCGUCUACUUGCUUUUGAUCCCAAGGAUCGGCCAACUGCUGCAGAGGCCUUGGCAGAUCCAUACUUUACUGGAUUGGCAAAUUCUGACCGUGAACCCACAACACAACCCAUUUCGAAACUUGAGUUCGAGUUUGAGAGAAGAAAGCUGGCCAGAGAUGAUGUCCGUGAAUUAAUUUACAGAGAGAUUUUAGAGUACCAUCCUCAGAUGUUGCAUGAGUAUCAUCAUGGUGGGGAUCAGGCAAACUUUGUUUACCCAAGUGGGGUGGAUCGUUUCAAGAGGCAAUUUGUUCAUCUCGAGGAAGGAGUUACUAAGGGUGAAAAGACUAGCCCACAGCUGCGGCAGCAUGCUUCCUUACCAAGGGAAAGAAUUAUUGGCAUCGGUGAUGAGCUUGGAAGACCAAAUGCAGAUUACUGCAUAAAAUUGCAUGUAGGUGAGGAACCAGGUCACACAUCUGUGACAGAUGGUCUGAGCAAGCCACUGUUGAAUGCUCGAAACUUUUUGAAGAGUGAAAGCAUCAGCGCUUCCCAGUGUGUCGUCAUCAAAGAGAAGCGAGAAAAAGAUGAGGAAUCUAUGUCUGAGUAUAUGCAUGAAGCGUCUGAUGCAACGCCGAAGUGAAGACCCGAGUUGUUUAAUGAUACCGGGAAGACAAUCUGUGGAGCAGGAUGUCCACAUAGGGCGUAAAAACUUUCAGAAGCUCGGUCCGGAAGUACGUGGUCAAUAUUAACUAUACGUAGUAUGAUUGUUUACAGAGAGCGAUGUUAUGUUUGUAAAUUGAAAUCCCCACCCUCUCGUUCUUCUAGGAGCUAAGAUGUAAUACCGACUUCAGCCCCUAGUUUCCUCCAUGAAUUAGUUAGCAGAGCAUAGGACUUGGCGAUUAACAGGGAUACUCAAAAUACAUGUAGCCAGGUAGUGAAAAUAGUGUAGAAUGUACUGCAUAUACAUGACCACUUGUUACUUAUGUAAAGCUUUGCUUGACUGGACUGA